GAACUAUUCAAAGAAAGUAAUGACAAGCAGUUUGCUUUUUUGAAACAUGGAAGUAGUGGUUUGCAGGCUUUGCGAGGGCAGCAAACACGCCCUUUGUGUCAGCAAUGUGAUGGACUUAUCUACCGCAAAAGUAUCGAUCUCUCAAUCAUCGAAUGCUCCUUCUUCUGAAUUGUCAACAUCUGUUGAGUCGGACUCUAUGAUGACUGAGACCAAAGAUUCGAAACAUGAGUUUCCAGCAGUAGGCGUUUGUAUUGGGGUGUCAGUUGGAAUAGUGUUUAUAGGUGUAGCAAUUGUUGCAAUCGUUAUUCUGAGAAAAAGAGGAGUAUUACGUUGCAAAAUGAACACGAACACGGACAAACCUAAUGUCGGCGAAGAACGAGAAAUUGAUGAUGAGAAAAAGUUGGAUAAUCCCGUAGAUAACCAUAGCUGCUUUAUAUUAGAGAUAGUCCCACAGUCAUAUGAAACAAACGCUGAUCACUUUUAGUGCUGCAGAUGAAACAGACGAGGAACAUAAUGGAACCGAUAACUAUAAUUCAAUAGACGACAAAGAAGAACCAUAUGAACGUGUAACAGAUGAUAAUGGCGAUUAUGAUUACACAACCAAUGCAUUAUCUUCAGUAAAUAAUAACCAUGAAUCAAACAAUAUCUAUAACAAACUAAAGAUUGACGGCCCUGGUGACUACGACCAUGUCGGGAUACGCGGACAUAACGAUGACAACGUUUCAGGCGUCGAUUACGAUAAAACUUCAGCAAGAUUAAAUAAUGGAAAGAAUGCCGGUAAUGACUAUAAUCAUAUCCAACACACUGCUCAUAAAGCAGGUGCAACAUAUACUGAUAUCAAAGGCGGGGAUUACGACGCCAUGUAUGGUAUGAAGAUCAAAGUCGUCAGAUCAGACGGGUCGGACUACGCACACGUAAACAAAUAUUAAGUAAAGCGAUAUAAUCCGACCCGAAUACGGAGGUUUACAUUUCUUUCAAACUGUUAUUUAAACACA